AUAAGCAAAGUGUUCCGGUGCAUUUGUAAUCAAACCGGAACGGUUUUGAAAAGUGAUCCGGUGAACUUGAUAUCAAACCGGAACAGAUUGGAAAACUGUUCCGGAACGCAUUUUGUAUUUUUAAAUUUUUGGUUUUUUUUUUGUAGGUAUGGAAGUUCCGCUCCAAAUUUGUCGGAAAAACGAGACAGCUAUAGAUACCACUGAUGUUUUCACAACUUCACAGAGAUUUGUCACACGGGAAGAAGUUAUCCGCUGGGUUAAAGAGACCGGAAUCAACAAUAAAGUGACUGUUAUCAUAGCGCGUUCAGACACUGAAACAGGCAAAAGAGGAAGAAGUAACAAAGUUAUAUUUGCGUGCGAUAAAGGUGGAAAAUAUAAGGAUAAAAGUGAGACUCAAAGUGCUACUAAGAGAUGUGGAUGUCCAUUCAAAAUCAGAUCGACUCCGGCAAAAGAUGGGUCUGGAUGGAAGGUUGAUGUAAAAUGUGGAGUUCAUAAUCAUGGUUUACCAGAUAGAUUAGAAGGCCAUUCAUUUGUUGGUAGGUUGACAACAGAUGAGAAGCAGCAUGUUGCUGAUUUGACAAAGAGACAUGUUCCGCCUAGACACAUAUUGACUUCCUUGCAAGAGCGAGAUCCUGAGAACGUCACUCGGAUCACGCAAAUAUACAAGCAUAAAAGUGUGAUUGAAGCGGAGAUAAGAGGUCCAAGAAGUGAGAUACAACAUUUGCUUAAGCUUAUAGAGGAGGCGAACUAUGUUUAUUGGAGUAGGAAACGGGAUGAUUGUGAAGUUGUGAGAGAUAUUUUUUGGGCUCAUCCAGAUUCGGUAAAGUUGCUGAAUCUUUUUCCUACUGUCUUGAUUAUGGACGCCACUUAUAAGACCAACAAAUAUAGACAACCUCUGUUUGAAAUAGUUGGUAUGACAUCGACCGAGUUGACAUUUGCGGUUGCAUUUGCUUAUAUGGAGUGUGAGCAGACAGAGAGUUAUAUUUGGGUCUUGGAUAAGCUGAAGCAAUUGUUUGUGAAGAAAGAUGUGGUUCCACAAGUGAUUUUGACGGAUAGAGAUCUUGCUUUGAUGAAAGCAGUUGAAGUUGUUUUUCCUACGACGCAUAACUUGCUAUGUCGCUUUCAUAUUAACCAAAAUGUUGGGAUGAAAUACAAGGAAUAUGUGAUGAAAGACAUGCGAGAGACGAUAGGCACAUUGUGGAAAGAUGUUGUAUGGGCUAGUAAUGAGGUUGAGUAUGGUGUACGGUUGCAAUAUCUUGAACAAGCAUGCUUUGCUUGUACUAACUUCCUCGAUUACGUGAAGAACACUUGGUUGAUCCCACAUAGGCAAAGAUUUGUAGGCGCAUGGAUUAAUCUAGUGCUUCAUUUUGGUAACACCACGACAAAUCGGGUUGAAUCUGCACAUUGGAAGCUAAAGCAGAUGUUAGGAAACAGCCUUGGUGACAUGGUCAAAGUUUGGGAAGCUAUGAAUUCUAACCUAAAAAUCCAAAUAGGUAACAUUCGAGCUUCGUUUCAAAAAAGUUUUUAUGAGGUUGAGCACGCACACAUUAGUCCAUUUUAUGAUAAUUUGCGUGGUUCAGUAUCGAGAGCUGCUUUGAGACGCAUUGCAGAAGAGUUAUCGAGGCUUGAUUAUGUGUUAAAUAGUAGGGAAACAUGUGGUUAUACUAUGAGAACAAGUUAUGGGCUACCUUGUGCUUGUGAGAUGGGAAGAUCGAUUGUUGUUGGAAUCCCAUUACAAAUAGAAAGUGUUCAUCUUCAAUGGAGGAUACUAUCUAUGGAAGGUGACUUGCCUUUAGAUGAGGAAGCUGGUUCGGAGGUUGAUAUGAAUAAUGCAAUUGAUGAAUUGUGGAGAAGGUUUAAAUCACUAGAUGUUGUUGGAAAAAGAGCAUUGAAAAGUAGGGUUUGUGAAAUUGCAUAUCCCACAACAACUUCAUUGUGUCCACCACCUGAGAAAAUAAAAACUAAAGGCGGAGUGAAGAGGAAAGGGAAGAAACCAGUUGGGUAUGAUGUUUAUAGGGAUCCUUCAGGUUUUGAGUAUGCUGAUCUGGCGUCUCAAUGCCAUAUAUUACCGAGAUUGUUCGGUCUAAGUUUAUCCGAAGUGAGAAAUGGAUUGUUGAUAGAUCAUGUUGGUUUUCAACCACCGGAGAAAUGGUUGACACUACCAGAGAUGGGUUAUUUGAUAGCGAAUCGGUAUAACAUUAUUCUUGUGCUGCUUGGUAACCCUUGCUUGACCUUUUUUCCUAUGACAACAACAUUUUCUCCAAGUGCUCCUACAUAUUGCAUUGGCCUUGUCAACAGGAAUCAUUAUCUUCGGGUUAAUAUGAAAGAAGGCUUCCCGCUGCCACCCGUCACGGUAGAUUGGAUGAAGUUUCGUCUUCAAGUGGCGACAUCUUGGAUGUUAGGAUUUGCUGGACGUCUUCAACAUUGGCAUCAUCUUACGCCUAUGUUACCAUCACGUGUUAAUAUAGAUUAAUUAAGUGACUUUAAUUUAUAUGUAAUA